AUGGAUUCUCGAAGAUCCAAAAAAUCGCGUUCGAUUGCCAAUGAGCCUAAAAGUGCCAAAGCUACUCCUGCAAGUGCAAGGCCACCACUGGCCGACCGAACCCAUUCUGAUCCAGCUGUUGCUCGACGUCGCACCAGUCAGACGCAGUCUUAUGGCCAGGGCCAGGGUCAGGGUCAGCGGGAAGCCGACGUCAGGGUCUCGGAUGUCAGAAUCUCGGAUGUCAUCGAUCGUGAUUCCAAGACAUCUAUCAGAGAUGACCCAUUUUUCCGUCCUUAUCAAUCACCGCAUUCGACUUGCUUGGCAGCAGAAUCUCGUCUUGCACAUGGAAUUGUCGCCGGCAACGAAGAUCCCAGCAAGAAUGCAAAUCUUCCUCAGGUCAAUGUCGUCGUGCUGGGAAGCCGCCGGGUCGGAAAGUCGACCUUCAUACAGAGAGCCCUUGACCUUCGAGAAAGUCCGCCGAGAGUAUGGUCAAGCAAGAAGAUGUCCCUUGACGGUGUCAUCUAUAUAGUUCGUCUAUUUGAGCUAAUGAUUAAUGAUAUCACAAUCACUGACAGCACCAAAAUCACGUGGCCCAAGCGCUUGAGUGAGGAGAGCCCGCCUACCAUCGACGGAAUACUGGUGCUUUACGAUGUUACAAAUGAGGAAAGCGUAAUUGAAAUUCCGCACGUUCUAUCCAUUUCAGAUGCGUUGGACAGCUCGGGUGGUUCUGUUGUGUUGGUUUCUUGCAAAGAGGAUCACCCCCCACAGCUACGCCGAGUGAAUCCUAAUUUCAAUGAACGGAUCAAAAGUCGUUUCAGCAAGGUUGAGACAUGCUCCACUUCCGCGAACGUGCCCGAGAGCCAGAAACGAUGCAUCUCUAUAAUUCUAAGGUCGAUUCUACGCUGUAGAAGAGGUGCCGCUAUUACUAGCUCUUUGACCAAUUCCUACGGGAAGGCAGCGAUUUCUCCAAAUAACAAUCUGCCCAGCAAAGGCCAACACCCGCUGAGGAGAGUGCAGGCGCACUUUCCCAUGACGUCUACCUUGCCCACUACGGAUUUCAAUGACACUCUUAAACCGUUUGGGCAGAAACUGGAUGAGCCAACCACAUUCCACAAGCUCACUGUGGACGAUUCCGCGUCGCAAUCUCCUCCACCAGAAGUACUUCACUCGCAACCUCAGACUUUCGUUGCGGACUUGAACCGGAUUCCUGAUGAUUCUGAUUCAGCUUCGGGGAAUCAGGAUUCUGACAACCCAAGCAGUCCUGACCCGCCUCAUAAGACAGGCGUCUUGCGACCCGACACAGCUAACAGUCAAACGCAUAAUACGUUCUUAGACAUGGAAGAAGAAGAAUCGCAAGACGAUUCUAUGAAUGGUCACAGUCCACCCUCAGUCACAGUGGAAACACCAGAAGCAUCCGAGCCAGCGCGAGAUGAGACUGGUAGCUCAUUUGACGAACUAAUCGACCGAUUGUUAUCGUUGCCCAUGUCAAAACAAGAUGGCAAGUUCGUACCUGUCUUUCUCUGCCUAUACCGGAAAUUCGCAUCUCCGGGGCAGGUCUUUACUGCCAUCACAAAUCGAUUUAGCCGUGUUGAACAUAGCAACGAUGCGCAGUUAACCAGGGUAGCUGAACAGCUAAGAUAUCUUCAAGUACUCGCACUCUGGACGGGUGACUAUCCUGGAGAUUUUGCACAACCAAAUAUCAAGAAGGAGGCUACCUCUUUCGUAAGUAGGCUUGAAAGAAGCAGGCUCUUCGCCUAUGCGGCCAAAGAAAUAUCUAAUCAUUUGGAGCUGGCGAGCGAGGACGACGACGCAGAUUGGGGUCGCUUUGACAGCCUGGAUGCGCUCCCUGACGCCAAUGCUUCGUUCCAUAGUCAGUCCGAGGCAACUUCACCAUCAAUACGUACUGGACAAUCGUCGACUGAGGAGCUUCUCAAAUCCUCAAGACAAAGCUCAUUGGAGGGUUCAUACGAAGAUUUGACACGGAAGUCGGGGGUACCAUCGGUGGGAUCCAGUGUUGUGAUCUCGUCGAACAUGUCGAGCCUGUCACUCCUUGCCCUUCUGCCACGCGACGAAACUCCUCAGGAAGCGCAAAGCUUGAUUUCCAUUCCGCGCACGCGUUUGUCGAAACUCCAAUGGCACCAAUUCGUGGAGAUACCUGAUGAGGAUAUCGCAAAAGAACUGACACGCAUUGACUGGAUCUUUUACUCUUCCAUCAGACCUCGUGAUCUGGUACGACAUGUCAUUCUUGCGAGUGACGCCAGUAAGACCACGAAAAGCCUUGACAAUGUGAAUCGAAUGAUAGAUCACUUCAAUCACCUGUUCUGCUUUGUGUCCGGCAUGAUUUUGUUGCGAGACAAGCCGAAGCAUCGGGCCAGGAUGCUGGAGAAAUGGAUGACGGUGGCCUGGAAGGUCCGCCAGUUGAACAAUUAUAACACGUUAGGGGCAAUAAUUGCCGGUACCAACGGCACCGCAGUACAUCGCUUGACUUUGACAUGGGAGCUUGUUCCAGAGCAGAUCAGGAAAGAUUACAUGAGAUUGACAAUACUGAUGGGCACUAUGCGGUCUCAUGGUGCUUAUCGGAUGGCCUGGGACAACUCCUUUUCAGAACGCAUACCCUUCGUACCGGUGUACCGUAAGGACCUUGUUGCAGCAGAGACCGGCAACAGGACGUUCGUAGGCCCACAGGGCGACCGGAUCAACUGGAAGAAGUUUGAGAUCAUGGGCGAAGUUAUUAUCAGUAUGCAGAGAAGUCAGGACAAGCCGUACAAGGUACGGAAGAAUGAGGAGGUUUUGAGAUUAGUGCUGGAAACUCAGAUCUCGCAAGGCGAUGAGGACCUGGCAGAGGAGCUUUAUGAACGGAGUUUACAGGUUGAGCCCACGGGCACUGGCGACACAUCUCGGAAAAAGUUUGAAUGGUUAAGGCGAUGA